UUGGAACUUGCGUAUUAUUUAUUUCCUUCAGAAGGUCCGACUGGCUGGACUUUCCCCUUUCUCCAUUGGUUUCCUGACACCUCAGCUGAUGGGGGAACCCCGUCCAGGGACACAGGCAGGGUGGGCAGCCGUGCAGAGGGACAUGGUGCGCUGAUGCCAACCCAGGCGCUGGUUUUGCAUGCGCGGUGUGGCUUGAACACAGGAACGGUCUUGUGAAAAAGGAAGCCAAGGACUUCUCAGAUGGUGUUCCGCGGGCGCAGGCGACACUGAUCCCUUUGUUUCCUUAUUUAACCGAGCUGGGCGCCGCACUUGGCGCCCUCGCUUAAGCCAGCGCUGGCGGACACCUGGCACCCCGCGCCGCGCCGGGCCCAAGGCCGAGUCCCGCCGGCAGCUAGGCCUGCCCGGAGCCCCGCGGGCCGCCCCCGCAGCGGGCUGGGGCAUGGUCCGGGCAGCGCCGCCCUCCCGCUCCGCUCCGCUCCGGAGGGGGCCGCAGCCCAACACCCGCGGUGGGGAGGGCAGGCAGGGCCCCGGCGGAGCGAGGCGGUUCCGGGGGGCCGGGCCCGGAGCUUCCUCCCGCCGAGCACGGCAGCGCUCGCUUCCUCCCGGAGCGUCCCCGCUGAAUGCAGUCGCCGCUGGGCUAAACGUGGCCGAGGGAGCGCCGGGCCGUGGCGGCCGCCGAACCCAACGCUGCGGUAUCUAUUUCAUCCUGCCUUCUGGCAGCUUCGCUUGACAGUACUGUGGGGAGUAAAUGUGAACUGAUAUUGGAACUAUUUUAUUCCAUCGGAUGGAUGUAUGAAAACAGAGUAACAUAGACCUAGUGUGUGCUGCUGCCGUUGCCUUGAUAAUGCCACAUUGAUGGAAUGAUGCCCAUGGUUGAACAGCUUUCAAGUUUGCUGAAGGUACCUCCGGAUUGAAUCAUUCUUAAUUCGGUGGCCAUACAGGAUGAAAGAAAAAUGAGCUGUUUUUCAUAUACUUGGGUUUGUUCUUUGCAACAGUGUGUUUUACUGUGAAAAGUGAAAGAAGAAAUCUUUCUGGACACUUUAAAGAUAACUGAUAGGCACAGCAAAAUGCUUUGUUUGAGGCAGGUUUGCUUGUUUACGCUGAGACAUUACCAAGCUCGGACUCUGAGUAGUGAUCUGCUUUUGAGCCAGAUAAAUAGCUGCACCCAUGAAGAUGAAGUGUUCAGCCUUGUUGGAAGGAACAAGGCCAGGCUUUCUGAAAAACACGUGGGAAUUGCAUUGAACGUGCUGUGGCAAUUGCAAAAGAAGAGGCCGCUUUUCUUAAGGACUAGUGACUAUAUAAGAAAUCACUCCCAGUUUCUUACUCUUUGCAUUUUAGCAGAAAACAAGGUGGAACAUAUGGAAGAUGAGGCCAUAGUGGACACCCUAUAUAGUAUUCUGAGGCUCAAUGUUGAAGACCAUGAUUCUCUAGCAGAAGUGCUUGUUACAGAAGCAUGGAAAAGAUUAGAAAGGCUUAGCCUGCCAGCUCUGUCUAAAUUCGCACUGUGUUUAUACAAGCAACGCAGACAUUUCAGUCCUGUAAUUGGCCAAAUAGCUCAUAUUGUGGACAUGAAACUGGAUUCUAUACAGGAUAUAAGGAUCUUGUCAGUUUUGAUGAUCAGCAUAUCUGAUGUUAUCUCACAGAGUUUUCGAGAUCGAUUACUACACAAGGCUGAACAGCUCUUGGAAGAAAAGAAUGAAGUGCACUUCAACUAUGCCAAAAGAAUACUACAGUUUCUUCAAAAUGUUAAGCUGAGAUAUCAUCCAUUGGUAGAAAAAUGCAACAAGAUUUUCCUUAAAAGUGCUGCCCAUCUUGAUAUACACAGUGUUAGUCUGAUUUUUGGACUGUAUGAGCAGCUGGGUUUUGAUAGUGCUGAAUUCCGCUUGGUUGCUAAACAGUUGCUGUCUGAAACUAUAGAUGAUUAUUAUGAUCCUGAAACGUUUUCAAAAUUAUUUUUUACUCUUGGGCCCAUGUCAGGAUCCGAGGUAAGAGAAAGGUUGAUAGUAACUGCAGUGCGCAUGGCAGAAGAAUUUAGCAGUCACCAAGUACUGGUAAUACUGAAGACAAUGCAGAAAAUGAAAUGCAGAAAUUCUCAUCUACUCAAAAAAAUGACUUCUGUUCUGCACAAACAUUUGGAUAGCUAUCAUGUAUUGCAGUUGGUAAAGUUAACACAGUACUUGGUGGCGUUGCGUUGCCACAAUCUGGAGCUGUUUCCCAAACUAAAAAUGUUACUAUUCGGUUUUUUAAAAUCUAACGUCAUACCUGCCGAUACUGCUGCAAUAAUUCAUGUUCUGGCCAUGCUUCCUUCCUUUCAAGUGGAGGAAAUAGUUGUAAACAAAGCAGCAGCAGUUGUGCCUCAAUGCAGGCUCCAUCAUUUGAAUUGCAUUGCUACAGCCCUCGUCAAAUGGAAUCAUCAUGACCAGUUGCAGUGGCAAAACAGUUCUGAGCUAUGUGGAAACCUUCUUCAAAAACUGAAUGACUAUGGAUUUCAGAGGCUUCAGAAAGCUGACAACUUAAAUCUUCUGUUGGAAGAACUUACACAUGUGAAUGGAGGGUGGUUUGAAGAAGUCCUCAGUGAGGAAACUAUGGCCAUGUGUCAACGCUUGAUAGACCAAAUAACAUGGGCAAAUGUAUUACCAUUGUCUUUUUUGCUCAUAAAAACAAACCACCGUUGUCCUUCAUUACUUGACAAAAUAGCUUCUGUGGCUGUUGAAAAUAUAGACAAGAUCCACCCCUUUGAAAUCUAUUUUAUUCUCUUCCUUUUCUCUGCUCUGAAUUAUGGGCCCCCUGCAAAUGAAGAGUUCUUUGAAAGUUGUAUCCAACGUCUUACUUCUAACUUGAGUUCUUUUGAAACUCACUACUUGGUACUACUUGGUCAUGUUUUGGCAGUGGCUGGGUAUUUUCCUCCAGUUCUGAUAAAGAGGAUAUUUAAUGUUUCUUUCCUCAGCAAAUUGGAUGCUGAACUUGAAGUCUUGCCUGAUACCCUAAAGCAGAGGGUCCGCUUGCGCCUCAUGAAAUUGAACAGAGCAGUCUGUCUGGAAUGCCCGGAGUUUCACAUCCCUUGGUUUCAUGAGCGCUUCUGCCAACGUGUCUUUUGCAACAGCAGUAGCCGAAUAAAUCCACUGCGACAGCAUGUUCACAGAAUGCUGACAGAGAUCUUGGGAGGGAGCAGUUAUGCAAGAAUAUCUGUUCUCACACCAUACUACUAUGAAAUAGAUUUUGAGUGCAUUCUGGAUGAAAAUAAAAAGCCUCUUUCCUACAUGGCUCAGAAUAUACCUUUGGACGAUGUGGAGGGAAUACACUUGAGACAUGACAUCAAGGAUGAAGGGAGAAAGGCUCUGCCACCAGGAGCUCAGAAAAUUGCUCUGGAAUUUCUUGAUUCAAAAGCUUUUAGCAAAAACUCACGUCACUUGAAAGGAGAACCUGCAGUGAAAAAACGACACCUGGAAAUGCUGGGGUACCGGGUAAUUCAGAUUCCUCACUUCGAAUGGAAUUCUAUGGUUCUGUCAGCAAAAGGUGAACAGCUAGAAUAUCUGAGAAAGCAUCUAUAUGGAAUGCAGUGAUGUCAGACAUGUAGUCCGAAGUAUUUUUUAUGCAGACACUUCAUGUACCAUUAAACUUCUUGUAAUGGUGGAAUACUUCCUUUCAAAAAUCUCUUUGUCCGUGAGUAAGCUGGACCCUCAAGGCUUGCCAUGGGGCAUCAGGUGUCAAAAGAUUCAAUCCUCAAUUUGUUAGGGAUUGCAAGGCAGGUGACAGUGGGCCAUGAAGGAUGUGAUAAGGAUGCUUAAAAUCUCCCAUUAUCUGAAAGCUGUUCUUUAAGUACAUGAGUCUGUGACAGUUUUGACAUAAAAUUACAUUGUUAGCUCCUAAAUAAAGUAUAUACGCUUAGCCAGACAUAAAACUGUCCAAAGAAAAAGUUGGCAAUACUCUUUGGUUGUGAGAGAGGAGGCAGCAAAUCUACUGGAAACCAUGUCUGUCCUCCAGCACGUGACAGAAUGAGCAAUAGGGAUCAGACAGUGUCUGUGUUGUGAAGCCAAGGAACUGAAAUGCGGAUUUACUAAGAAUAGGAGUGUUCUUACAGCCGUUCAGUUUCCAUCUUCCAGAACAGAGGUACCGUGGGUGACUCUGUCGGGGGAGGGUGUUGUGCAGUGAGAAACCUCCAGCUGCUUUUCCUUCCCUGUGGUGUGGUUUGUGCAGAAGUAUGGCUUGAGCCGUCUGGGACACCUUCAUGUACUUAAAAGACAGACUAGUUCUAAAGGUCUGUCAGCCACCCGGACCCUUGAAACACCUCUACUCCAGUUAAUGCAACUUGGAAGGGAUACCAAAAAGAUUUAUACAAAAGAAGGAGAAAAUAAUGUUUAUGUCAGACAUAGGCACUUACUAGCAACUGGGUAAUUAAUUAAAUUUAGUAUUAUAGCAUUAUGCAUUGGACUAGCCCUUGCUAGUAGAAAUAAACCAAAAUUAGACAAACCAUCUAACCUGCCUCUUCUGUAAAUAAGACAGUGUACAAAAGAGCAAAAUUAGGCUGAAAAUUGUAAUCCAGAAUCAAGAUCCAAGAAAAGUCUUCAGAGAGUGACAACCACUUUCCUUACUGGUGGUGAAAAACAUUGCUGGUUUAUUUAUCAUGUCUCUCUGUAA